AUGUACUCCAUGGCCCGCUUCGCGGGAACAAUCGACGAGAAGACGCAGGACUUCGAAGGAAGCGCCAUGGCUUACAUGGUCGACGCAAUCUCGAUCUCGAUUGGCUCCCUCUUCGGCAGUCCCCCAGUAACAGCCUUCGUCGAAUCGGGCGCCGGAAUCUCAGAGGGCGGAAAGACAGGCCUGACAUCCUGCAUGACAGGCAUCGCCUUCUUCAUCUCCGUCUUCUUCGCCCCGAUCUUCGCCUCGAUCCCGCCCUGGGCCACCGGUUGCACGCUGGUGAUCGUGGGCGCUCUCAUGGCGAAGGCCGCCGCCGACAUCAACUGGCGGUACUAUGGCGACGCCAUCCCCGCCUUCCUGACCAUCGCCAUAAUGCCCUUCACGUAUAGUAUCGCGUACGGCUUGAUUGCCGGUAUUCUGAGCUAUAUCACUCUCAACGGCGGGGCGUGGAUCAUCGAAAAGGUCACCGGAGGCCGAAUCGUGCCGCCGAACAAGGACGAGUCGGAUCCGUGGUCGUGGAAGGUUCCCGGUGGGUUCUUCCCUCCGUGGGUGAAACGUGCUGCGCAUGGCAAGAAGGAUUUCUGGCGGCCAGACGAGGAGCGUGCUGAGUCGGAGGCGUAUGGCUCGUUCGGGUCGGCUUCGCAGGAGCGAGUCGCGAUUCAACAUGAGAAAGUCGUGCAGGACGAACCUGUUGUGGGCAAGGCCUCGUAG